UUUGUUUGAACAGGAAUAUUUUAAGAUCUCGACAUUUUGAAAAUUAAUUCAAAUUCAAAAUCCAAAAUUUAUUUUCCCCCCGGACAUUUUCCAAACUCAUUAUGGCCAAGCGCGACAUCCUGCCCGUCUUCCCCUCCCGGGCCAACUCGGUGGUCAUGAAGCAGCGCGUCCUGGCGGCCAGGAGAGGUGUGGGUCUGCUCAAGCGGAAGCGGGACGCCAUAGACAUGAAGCUACGCGAGCUGAAGCGUUUUUUAAACGAGCAGGACGAGGUCGUGGACAAUAGUAUGCGCGAUGCGAUCUUUACGAUGGCAAAGGCCCGCCUCCUAGGUGCCGAUUUCCAUCCACAAAUAGUGAGCAGCAGCAAGGUGGACGCUGCGAAUAUAUAUCGCACCUACACCAAGAUCGUGGGCGUCACUCUUAACUGCCUGGAGCUAACGAUAAAGAACGGCAGCACCACGGGAUUUCCACUCGCCGGACUCAGCGUUGGGGGUUGUCAAGUCCAGCGGAUAAGGGACAGCUAUACGCAGGCACUCACCGAACUGGUGGCCUGUGCCUCCAUCUUUGUCCAGGUGCGCAUGCUGGAGGCGGCUUCACUGCAAACCAACAUGAGAGUCAACGCCUUGGAACAUGUGGUAAUACCGAUUCUGCAGAAUACCUCUACCUACAUAAAUGGUGAGCUGGAGGAGUUUGAAAGGGAGGACUUUUAUCGCCUCAAGCGCUCCCAGGCCAAGCAGAUAGAGGCCAAGCUGGCCUUCUCCGAGCUGAUCAAAACCAAGGACAUGAAUCCCGAAGAGCUGACGUCCUAUUCGAAAAGGAGUACACAACUACAUCCGAAGGCCGAUGUCCAUUUCGAUGCCGAAGAGUUCGACAAGGGCAAGGUCAAAGAGAGGCUUCAGGAGGCCCGCCAAAGUCAAAGAACCAGUAACUUUGGCUUCUCGCCCAGCACCUUGAACUCGGUUCAACGACAACGGGACCCGUCAACGGGAGCCUUGGAUCUGUACAGCACAAAGCGCAUGAUCCUUGAAGAUUCUCGGAGAUCCAGCAUGAUGUUCAGGGACCGACAAGAGGAGUGACGAAACAUUUUCCUAAAAUAACAGCUACUUAAUUUUAAUUAUUAGUGAAUAAAUUCAUAAGCAACACUUUUGCCCUCUAAAA